AGCAGCACCCGAGGUGCGUGGCAGCGUGUGCGAAGGCCCCUCUGCUGUGCUCUUCGUGGUGGUGGGAGCGGCCCCCUCCCCUGCCACCAGGAGGCCGCCCAGGAGGGACCAGAGCCACAGCCGGCAGCGGUCAGCAGGGAUGAGAAGCCAGGAGCGUGUGAGGGGCGGCCCGCGGCAGGGCCUGGAAUGGGUGGGCAGAGGCAGCCGGAAGGUCUUGCGCAUCUGGUUCGGCAAGAUGUCGGUGAAGGAGGGCGCGCAGCGCAAGUGGGCGGCGCUGAAAGAGAAGCUGGGGGCCCAGGACUCGGACCCCACGGAGGCCAACCUGGAGAGCGCCGACCCCGAGCUGUGCAUCCGGCUGCUGCAGAUGCCGUCCGUGGUCAACUACUCGGGGCUGCGCAAGCGUCUGGAGAGCAGCGACGGCGGCUGGAUGGUGCAGUUCCUGGAGCAGAGCGGCCUGGACCUGCUGCUCGAGGCCCUGGCGCGCCUGUCCGGCCGCGGGGUGGCCCGCAUCGCCGAUGCCCUCCUGCAGCUCACCUGCAUCAGCUGCGUGCGCGCCGUCCUGAACUCGCAGCGGGGCAUCGAGUACAUCCUCAGCAACCAGGCCUACGUGCGCCAGCUCUCCCUGGCUCUGGACACGUCCAACGUGAUGGUCAAGAAGCAGGUGUUUGAGCUGCUGGCUGCCUUGUGCAUCUACUCGCCCGAAGGCCACAUGCUGACCCUGGAUGCCCUGGACCACUACAAGACCGUGUGCAGCCAGCAGUACCGCUUCAGCGUCAUCAUGAAUGAGCUCUCGGACAGCGACAACGUGCCCUAUGUCGUCACCCUGCUCAGUGUGAUCAAUGCCAUCAUCCUGGGCCCCGAGGACCUCCGCACCCGCACCCAGCUGCGCGGGGAGUUCACCGGGCUGCAGCUGCUGGACGUUCUGACACGUCUGCGGGAUCUGGAGGACGCCGACCUGCUGAUCCAGUUGGAGGCCUUCGAGGAGGCCAAGGCGGAGGAUGCGGAGGAGCUUCUGCGCAUCUGCGGCGGCGUCGACAUGAACAACCACCAGGAAGUCUUCACUUCUGUGUUCCACAAGGUGAGCUGCUCCCCGGCGUCCGCCCAGCUGCUGUCCGUGCUGCAGGGCCUGCUGUACCUGGAGCCCACCCUGCCCUCCAGCCAGCUGCUCUGGGAGGCUCUGGAGAACCUGGUGAACCGGGCCGUGCUCCUGGCCAGUGACGGUGAGCAGGAAUGCACCCUGGAGGAGAUGAUGGAGCGGCUUCUGUCCGUCAAGGGGCGGCCACGCCCCAGCACCCUGACCAAGGCCCACAAGAGUGUCCAGGCUGACCUAGGCCAGGGUCGGAGGGGCAGCGUGCCCCAAAACAGCGGCGCCCCCAAGGCGGGGGUGGGGGGCCAGAGGCCCGAGGCGGACCUCAGCAGCCUGCACGCCGUCGAGGACCUGGUUGCUCCACAGCUGAAGGCCCCAGCCCCCCCACCUGCACCUCCACUCCCUGGUCCCACCACGGGGCCCCCUCCCCCACCCCCCCCACCUCCUCCUCCCCCCCCUCCCCCACUGCCAGGCCUGGGGGCCCCAGCGCCCCCACCUGCACCCCCACUCCCCCUGCCUGUCUCUGGCGGGGCCUUACCUCCUCCACCUCCACCGCUCCCUGGCACGGGGUGCCCGCCCCCACCCCCGCCGCCUGGCCUAGACGGGGGCCCCCCUCCACCCCCACCCCUGCCGGGUACCUCCGGCCCCUCUGCGGCGGGUGGCGUGGAGGAGGUCAUCGUGGCCCACGUGGGCCCCAGCCUGGGCUCCUCCGCCUGGGUCCCAAGCCACCGGUGCGUGCACGCUCCCACUGUGCGCAUGAAGAAACUCAACUGGCAGAAGCUGCCGUCCAAUGUGGCGCAAGAGCACAGUUCCAUGUGGGCCUCGCUGAGCAGCCUGGGGGCCGAGGUCGUGGAGCCGGACUUCUCCAGCAUCGAGCGGCUCUUCUGCUUCCCCGAGGCCAAGCCCAAGGAGCAAGUGGCAGCCCCGGCCAGGAAGGAGCCCAAGGAGAUCACUUUCCUGGACUCCAAGAAGAGCCUGAACCUCAACAUCUUCCUGAAGCAGUUUCGAUGCUCCAACGAGGACGUCACUGCGAUGAUCCGGGCUGGGGACACCACGAAAUUUGACGUGGAGGUCCUCAAGCAACUCCUCAAGCUCCUCCCUGAGAAGCACGAGGUUGAAAACCUGCGCGCAUUCUCGGAGGAUCGGACCAAGCUGGCCAACGCCGACCAGUUCUACCUCCUCCUGCUGGGCAUUCCCUGCUACCAGCUGCGGGUGGAGUGCAUGUUGCUGUGUGAGGGCACGGCCGUCGUGCUGGACGUGGUGCAGCCCAAGGCCCAGCUGGUGCUGGCCGCCUGCGACAGCCUGCUCACCAGCCACCAGCUGCCUGUCUUCUGCCAGCUGAUCCUGAAGAUAGGAAACUUCCUCAACUACGGCAGCCACACGGGGGACGCCGACGGCUUCAAGAUCAGCACGCUGCUGAAGCUCACGGAGACCAAGUCCCAGCAGAGCCGCGUGACGCUGCUGCACCACGUGCUGGAGGAGGUGGAGAAAAACCACCCGGACCUCCUGCAGCUUCCGAGGGACCUGGAGCAGCCCUCCCAGGCAGCGGGGAUCAACCUUGAGCUCAUCCGCUCGGAGUCCAGCACCAACCUGAAGAAGCUUCUGGAAAUGGAGAGGAAGGUGUCCUCCUGCAUCCCUGAGGUGCAGGAGCAGUACGCCCAGCGCCUCCAGGCCAGCAUCGAGGCCUCCCGGGCGCUGGACGAGGUGUUCCAGGCCAUCGAGCAGAAGAAGUUGCAGCUGGCCAGCUACCUGUGUGAGGACGCUCAGCAGCUCUCCCUGGAAGACACGUUCAGCACCAUGAAGACCUUCCGGAACCUCUUCCUCCGCGCCCUGAAGGACAACAAGGACCGGAAGGAGCAGGCGGCGAAGGCGGAGAGGAGGAAGCAGCAGCUGGCCGAGGAGGAAGCGUGCAGGCCGCGGGGCGAGGAUGGGAAGCCCGUCAGGAGGGGAGUCGGGAAGCAAGAGGACGUGUGUGUCAUCGAUGCCCUGCUGGCCGACAUCAGGAAGGGUUUCCAGCUGCGCAAGACGGCCCGUGGCCGAGGGGACGCGGAGGGGGGCAGCAAGGCGGCUGCCGGAGACCCCCUGAGGGACAAGGUGCCUGUGGCCACCAGAGACCCUGCAGGAGACACCAGCCACCCUGCCUCUGAGCCCCACGGCAGGGACCGCGUGGAUGCCACGGCCCCCGGCCCGCAGCCCACUGCUGACCCAUCGGAGGAGGAGGGGCCCGGGCCCCUGGGGAGGCGUUCUUCCUGGUACACCGACGCCAGCGAUUUCCUGGCCGCAGAGGACCCCCAGGCCCCCCAGCCCUCUGCGGGGGCCUGGCCGGUGGUGCUGGGAGGGGCUCAGGCCCUAAAGCCUCUCAGGGUCUCUGGUGACAAGCCCCCUGGGGCCACGGGGUCGAGCCAAGAUGCUGAAGACCCCGCAGGCCCUCGGGACGCCUGCCUGGCCGAGGCCGACAGCACCGUCCACAGGCCGGAGGCUACAGGCCCGCGUGGCCACGGUGCCACAGGCCCCGGCGUGGCUGGGGACGGGGACCAGGAGGACACAGCCCCGGAUUCUGCACUGGACACGUCCUUGGACAGGUCCUUCUCGGAGGACGCAGCGAUGGAUUCCUCAGGGUCCGGCACCCUCCCCAGGACCCGGGAGCGAGCCUCGAAGGGGACGGGCAAGCGAAGGAAGAAGCGCCCCUCAAGGAACCAGGAAGAGGUUGCCCCUGACUCUGACGAUAAUAAAACAAAAAGACUCUGUGUGAUUCAGUGAGGCCUCGGCCGUAAGCCCAAAGCCAAGUGAGCGUGCCCGCUGCCGGCCUCCACACAGCCGUGGGCCGCCAGACGUGUGGCUGAGCGGGGCUCCUCCGGGGCCAGGCUGGGACUGGGCCCCUGGGAAACCAAAACUCUGUGCCUUACCCUCCGGGGCCGUGGGCCUCCCGGAGCUUCCUGGGGUGUUCUGGCCGAGACCCCAGCAGGCACCAGAGCCCAGCCCCCCGCACGCCCCAGCCCCCUCGUGGUCCGCUUGCCGAAUGCCGAUGCCCACGCCGGCGCCUGCAUGCUCCCCAGCCCCUGCCCGCAGGGGUGAGGGGCAGUGGCCGUGUCCCCAGGGCACCUUGAAGCUGGCACCCUGCCCUCCGGCCACCUGGUGCCCAGAUGCUUCUGGAGACAGGCCCUCGAGGACCUCUCCCUGCAGAGCCGUGGGAGCCCCCGCCCCCGCCCGCUGCCUCCUUACCGAGCCUCAGUCCCCCGCUCCCCGCUCUGCCCCCCAACCUGCUUCGCCAGGCCGGAGCAGAGAGUGGGUUUUCACCGAAAUAGGGUUGUUCGUUGAUUCCUGCUGUCCUGCGGUAGCAGAGUUGGGUACAGGUGGGUGGGAGGACCCUGGGGCCUUGGGUAGGGGCAGGCUGGCCAGCAUUGCCACAGAUACGCCACGGUCCCCCUACUCAGCAGACAGGAUCCACACUGGGCACGCCCAGCCCUGGGGGCAGGAGGGCAUCUGUUCUCACUGCCUCCGCCAGGCCCUCGCCACCCUUUCGACAGAGUGACCCAGCCUGCAGCCGCCGCUGCCUCCGGCGGGGUCGGGCGCGCCCCCCCCCCCCCCCGCCAGGCCGAGAGGAGACCCAGGGCCCACCCCGGGAGGGCCAGCCUGCCCGCGCCCCCACGCCCGCCCCAGGUGUGCCCUGCCACCCAGGCUAGCAUCUGGAGAGCCUCAGACCAAUAAACAAUAAAGAGCAGAGCCAGCCCAGCGAGGGCCA